AUACUUAAAAUUGAGAACAUCUGUUGUGAUUCACCGCAGUAUUUACUAUUCCACGGCUUUGAUAAAUCAGAUACGUAGAAUCAAAGAUGGCAAAGCAUCUACUAUAUGUUGCUUUUAUUGACCAUUUUUCAGAGACAUCUGUUUGUCUUAUCGAGUUGUACUACUGAGAGUCCUGAUGCAAUGUGAAACCUUCGGUAUUAAAUUCCAGUAAUUGAACCAUUUCGCUCCGGCCUUCAGUGUUUACACACCGCUAUUUCAUGAACAUUUUCCCUAUUCAUAUAGAUUUUUCUCGCUUUCUCUCCAUGAGUGCGUGGAUGUCGACAGAGAGAGAGGGCAUUGGUUAUUUUAGUGAUCACAUCAAAUAUUAAAUAAGUUACAUUGCAGAGAGAUCUAAUAAAAACCCCAAUGGAGCAUCGUGCAAUGAGACAACUGGCGAGUAAAAUUCGCGUCAUGGAGCGGAAGAUGGAAGAAAUUCGCGACUGGUUUUCAUUAGACUAGUGACUGCAUCAGCAAUAGUGUUGUACUAAUAAUGUAACUCAAGCAAACGUCAUGUCUCUGUGGAUGCCUGAGCGAUAACGCCUAUCAUCUGGCCUCCAUGUUUACACAUCUAAAUAUACCUACAUGCUUAUUGUCGGCUCCCGUCUUCACUCGUAGGUUGUGAGGAUCUUCAAUAGAGGCGGUGGUCAGUUGUGCUGAAAGUAGUUUAAUGUACGAAAAGUGAAUUAAUUUCGGGAAAUGCUUGUACACAUGUGAGGGAAAUUUUUUGGAGAUUUUCUCGAAAACUCUUAUCACCAUUAAUGUUACAAUGGCUGCCAUGCUGGUUUGGGAGAAACGGCUACUUUGGGGGUCCACGGCUGCAACUGUGCUAGCAUUUUUAUUUCAAAUCAUUGCAGUCGGGAGUACUAAUUGGGUUUAUAUUGAAUUUAGUUCUACAUUGGUUCACAAUGCUUCAGGGACGGACGUGCACAUCACGGGAUUUUACGGGGGUCUCUGGCGAAUGUGUGAGGAGGGAUACACAUUAGGCGUCAAGGGAAAGAGCGAUUAUGAAGAUUGCACAUCACACAAAUUCUUUCCUGAAGAACAUGAGCUGAAGAAAGAUAGAAAGACGGACAUCCAACUCGUAGAUUAUAUGAGGACGGGGUCUGCUUUUGCAAUAAUAUCUCUGAUAAUCAUGAUGUUAGGCCACAUCUUCGCGUUCUACACACUCAGGAGACCACGAUAUAUUGUAAAACGUCUUACCUCAUUGAUGCAUUUCAUGACAGCUGCCUGUGUUUUAGUAGAAAAUGAAGUUUUCAUACGAAAAAUAGCAUAUGCACGAGACAACCUUCCAGACCGCAUUCCGGUCGACGCAGACACAUCUUACGGCUUUUCGUUUGUCUUGUCCUGGAUUUCCUUUGUUGUGUACGUUCUAGCGGGUGCAAUCUUUCUUUUCAUCUCACACAAGAGAAAAGCUGAAAUGGCAGACACCGUUGAUGAAUAUGCAGAGGAAGACGAGCCGGUCGUCAUCAGACGUUGAUUUCUCCACCCUAACAUAAAACGCUAUACCGAAAAGUUACUAACAGUGUUGUGGUUGAUCGAGUGACGUCAUAUGUCCUUUACAAAGAGUGUUGCGAGAAAUAUCCGUUGACCUUUGACCUGGAAAAGUCAAUAUUGUUCCCUUGAAAGCCCAAUAUCUCAACUCAGGAGCAUUUGGUGAUUGGUGCAUUCCAUAGCAUACCUUGAAAUGCUGGUGUAAUAUUUUCUUCCGUCACGUGACUUAUAAAAAGGGGGAAACGCUAAUUUCCGGAAUGACAUAGAACUUACUUUUUUAUGUUUGUUGUCUUCUGCGUUUUUUGCAUUUUUAAAAAUCUUUGUACUUGUUCACCUUGAAUCGAAUAUAUAUAACCCUGUCUUAAGAUAAGAUUUAAGAAAUGAAAGCACUAUUUCAUAUUUUCUGGUUUUUAGAAUGACAGUAAAAGUACAGAGUAUGUUGACAGUACGUUGCUGAGACAAAACUGAGCAAGGGGGAAACAUCAUCAAGAAAACGAAGUGUUCCGUUUUGAAGGCUUUAUCACUGUCAAGCUAUUUCUGCAUACCGAAGUCUUGUCUAGAUGCUAUUUUCCGCUAGUAGAUAGGUAAACGACAUCAUUGUCUAGCAUAUAAUAUUAUUUACAACACAAUAUUGAUAUAGAAAGAAGACCUGUAGGGAAUUAUUUUGGGGUAGACAAACUACAACUAAUGGAGAAUCUGUAGAUGCAGAAAACGUUGAACUUUCAGCUAUCUUUCUAUAAACGUAACUGGUAUUAACAAGGUACUUAUACACCUGGUUGGUAGAUUUUGUACAGAUGGCUGGGGAAAGUCAUUUUGUAUACAAAGAAUAUACCGGGAUGGUUUUAACGGUAAAACUGGGCUACCUGCAAUCAUUCCUCGGCUUCUUUAUGGUGUGAUAAGCCAGCAAAAGCAAGACCCAAGGGCUGUCAAACUCGAGCAGAGUUUGUACAUUUUUCUUUCCCUGCAUAAUGAUUUCACACUGGAUCCUUUAUAAUUCUAAUUUUCUAUCAUUUACUCCAACCCUCUACAUUCCCUAUUUAGUGUUGUGACCAUAUGUAUUUCACGAUGUAGAGUCAGCACCGCAGUUACAGCCGCGAGUUUGUAUCUGACAUUUGCUUACCCAAUCGGAUCUCACUCGUCCCUUUACUUAAAUAACCGAAUUGUUACGAUUGUUGCUUGCUAUGGGGCCGCGUAUGCAUAUCAUUUUCCAAAGGAGGCUUUUCUAUAACAAAAAAAAAUUCCAUGACAUAUUUUAAAUAAUUUGCAAAACAUGCAACAACUCUAGAUAUGGGUAUCUGCUGUACUCAGUAAUCAUGACAUACAGCGUAGUGAACUAAAUUCUUAAACAACUUUCCAUCUGUCUAGAAAAGACUGCGAAUCCCUCGUACGUGUAUUACCGUAUAUGAAAUAGAACUUCAUUUGUUGCAUUAACAUUUUAUGCAGCCGUUUUUACCUAACAACUUCUCACAAAUUAGACACAGAAUCCUUCGUUGUUAUAAAUAGUCAAAAGCUAAGAAUAUUGAUUGUAAACUAAAGCGACGAAACGUUCAGAAUGCGCUCAAUAUAUUACCUAUUGCUUUUGUAGCUUAUUUGAUAAACGGGAUUUCUUGUUAUGCAAAAUAAACAAGUAAUGGUUAUAUAUAUAUAUAUUGAUUAUCAUUUUUUCUUUAUUAGUAGAAAUCUGUGUAAGAAUCAACAUUGUACAUAGCCAGUUGUUAUCAGAUGUAUAUAUAUUCAAACAUUUUUUAUAUAUUUUUUUCAUUUUUCUAAACCUUGAGUGAACCUCGGUGUAUAUAGGUAAAUAAAAUGUAGUAAAGAUGCAGUGUGUAUAAUGUGUUCUAUAUGUAAAUUCCGAGAUAUACAACGACUGAAAUUAAUGAUGAUGUAAAUGAUGUAACCAAUGAUAUCUGUAAUGGCUCGAUACAAUGUAUUUCAUUGCAUAAAUUGUUUCUCACCACGGUUAAAA